GUCCAGUCUGCCUGCCUGCCGGAGAGGGAGUCGAGAGCGCUGCUGGGAACUACAUGGUGCUCAAUUUUUCAAGAUGUCGUCGCUGGAAAAGAGGUUGUCGCGAAUCGAGGAGAAACUAAAGCAAGAAAAUGAAGAAGCUCGCAGGAGAAUCGACCUUAACAUCGAGAUGAGUCCGCAGAGAUCACGUCCGAGGCCGAUCAUCGUGAUCCAGCUCAGUCCUGCUCCAGCCCCUUCCCAGCGUGCAGCGCUCCAGCUGCCACUGGCCAACGAUGGAGGCAGCCGCUCCUCGUCUUCAGAGAGCUCCCCUCAGCACCACCCGUACCCCAGCCGCCCGCGACACAUGCUCACGCUGCCCACCCCUCCCUACGCCCUGCAGAAGAGCUUAGAGAAUGCAGAGAUAGACCAGAAAUUGCAGGAGAUCAUGAAACAGACGGGCUACCUGAAGAUCGACGGCACGCGGUAUCCAGCAGAGGUGACAGACCUGAUCAGUGAGGGGGAGAUCGGCAGUGGGACCUGCGGACAAGUCUUCAAAGUGCGAUUCAAGAAGACCGCCCAUGUCAUCGCUGUGAAACAAAUGCGCCGUACAGGAAACAAAGAUGAGAACAAGAGGAUCCUGAUGGACCUGGACGUGGUGCUGAAGAGUCACGACUGCCCCUACAUCAUCCAGUGCUAUGGCGCCAUAGUUACCAACACGGAUGUCUUCAUUGCCAUGGAGCUGAUGGGAACGUGUGCUGAGAAGCUGAAGAAGAGAAUCCAGGGCCCCAUGCCGGAGCGCAUCCUCGGGAAGAUGACAGUAGCAAUAGUGAAGGCGUUGCUGUACCUGAAAGACAAACACGGUGUCAUCCACCGGGACGUGAAGCCCUCCAACAUCCUCCUGGACGAUAAAGGUCAGAUCAAACUGUGUGACUUCGGCAUCAGCGGACGCCUCGUCGACUCCAAAGCCAAGACCCGCAGCGCCGGCUGUGCUGCCUACAUGGCGCCUGAGAGAAUAGACCCUCCAGAUCCCACCAAACCUGACUAUGACAUCCGAGCAGACGUGUGGAGCCUUGGCAUCUCUCUGGUGGAGCUGGCCACGGGACAGUUUCCCUACAAGAACUGUAAGACAGACUUUGAGGUUCUGACCAAAGUGCUGCAGGAAGACCCUCCUCUGCUGCCCCUCGGCAUGGGCUUCUCCCUCGACUUCCAGUCCUUCGUCAAAGACUGCCUCACAAAGGAUCACAGAAAAAGGCCAAAAUACCACACGCUGUUGGAGCAUAGUUUCAUCCGGCGUUACGAGGUGGUGGACGUGGACGUGGCCGGCUGGUUCCAGGCGGUGAUGGACCGCACCGAGUCGCCCCGCAGCAGCCAGUGUUACAGCCACCAGCACCAGCUCCACUCGCUCUUCAGUAGGUAGCCUAGCCCAGCCCGGCUCAGUCUGCCCUAGUCUAGCCCAGCGUUAGCAGCUAAGCCUAGCGUUAGACCCAGCCUGUCCAUUUGUCCACCAGAGACCCUGAAGAGCCCACAGAGGGGGGGCGGAGCCUCGAUGGAGGGAUGGACGGACGGAUGACACAGGUGUUCUGUUUCUCAGUGUGUUGAAUCUGGACAGGCAGACAUGGGAAGGGGGGGGGGGUAGAGAAAACGAUGUGCACACUGUAGUUAGCUUCAUUUGUUUACACACUGUCUCGUCACACUAUCAUUACGUCACAGCAUAGUGUGUGUUAUAGCCACACACUUGCAUACAAACUGUGUUCCUACAUGUCCUCCACGUGUCAUUUAGUUUCUCACCUACAUGUCUUCAGCAUCGAUCUAAGCCGUUGGAACAGAGUAGUCACUACACUGGAACAAAGCAUAUGCUACAUUAGCAAACAUGAAUCUUUCUUGUACAAAAACCUUUCUGAGGACACAUAAAUGUCCCGUGCAAUUAUGACUCUUCAGGUUUCUAUUAUCACACAUUCUCAGGCUGAAUCUGUUUGUGUGUGUGUGUGUGUGUGUGUGUGUGUGUGUAUGGAUGGAUAUCAAGACACAGUCACUGGUUGUUUUCAAAAGUGAGAUUAUAUCUACUAGCCAUUUAUUCACCUUCACACUACAGCUGUUACACUCGCACCAUAAUAAAUUCAUCUGUUAGCGGUGCUUAAUUUUAACAUGUUAAGUAUAGUAACUUUCAUUCAUUUUGAUAUGAGUAAUGUUUAGGUUACCCGUAUCGUCGUGUAUUUAGAAGCUGCACAAUUGGGAAAAACACAAUGAAAAAUACUUACAAAAAAAUUAGUGUUGCAUUCUAGCUUUGUAGAGGAGUUGGUUUGGUUUUGUGUUUAGAAUAACAUAGCUAAACUAAAAGAGAUGGAGGGAUGCUAAGAAGAGAACCAACGAGUGAGAAAGGGAGAGAGAAGCAGAGAAAGUGGAAGAAGGAGGGAGUUGUACUCUUGGUUGUUUGAAUAACUGUUACAAGUUAGAGAAACGAGGGAGAGGUUAGGAGCUUAUCUUGUACAAAGAGGAAGAUGUUAAAACCUGUGGAGCAUUUUCUUACUCUGAGUUUGUCUACCUCUUCCUCUCUGUCGGCCUCUGCUGUUUACUGUGACGUAGUGCUCCACAGGGUGACCAGACCAAAGGCUGCAUGUAGGUUGUUGUUGGUGGAGCCAAAAGAUUUAGACCUGCUCCUGCAAACAUUUCAGAAACCACAGAGACAUCUUUAUGAAGCAGGGGUCUCAAAGCCUCAGAUCCAGUAAAGCUGCCCACAUGUUGAGAGUUGAUUCUUAAAUAUGGCUGUUCGGUCUUAUAGCUGCUUUUUGCCUUCAUAGUCUUUUAGUUUUAAAGAUUGUUUUCCCAGGAUUGCAAAUAAGGAUUUAUUCAGUAUCUCUGAAUCACUAAUCUUUACUUUAAUAAUUCAGUCAAACAGUUAUUUCCAAAUCCUUAUAUCCUUGUUAUCUUUUAAAACCAAGAAAAGCAGUUCAUCUUGUAUUCUGGCAAUACUGAAACCAGAAAACCUUCAGAAAUGUUUCUUUAAUUAUUUAAAUGGUUUUAGAAUAUUUUUGUCAUCGACCGACUAAUUGAUGAAUCAAGUAGUCCCAAACCAGCUGUCAUAGGCUAAGACCAAUGGCACGCAUGCGUUCAGCGCUGCACUGCUGUUAGCAUUUAUGCAGAAAGCUUGGAGAAGCGUCCCUGCCAGUGGGAAACUGAACUUUGAGACCCCUGAACUAGAAGAUUGUAAAGAUAAAAUUGACUGUGUCCAGCUCACCUGAACAGGUCCAUGUGUUUGAAACUGAGAUGUGUAGAUGUACACAUUUUGAGUGCAGGUCUUCAGAGACUGACUGACUAGAGUCCUUUUGACGGGCAACAGCCGAAACCUGCUAGAUAUGCAGACUCCCCCGUCACUCAGAAAACCAAAUCACUGCUAGACACAGAGAAGUGCGAAAUGGCGACGAUAGAGAGAGGAAAAGUGAAGUAUGAGAGAGGGAGAGAGAGAUGUCAGAAAAGGAGAGGGAGAGCUAAACGAGAGGAGGCGAUAGUGUGGUGAGAAGUAGACGGGGAGAUUUAAGGAAGUUGGAUUGGAAGUUGGGAAUAGUCAGAGGCGAGGUGGAGGACAGGAAGUAAGUGUGUGAAUAAGGAGAGAGGAAACAGGCUAGCUGGUUAUUGUAAAAAGCUUUCAUGGUGUUACACCAACCUACCAAUUAUGAUUUUAGCGAGUGAGUUAGCGUGUUGUGUUUAUGAUGUUUACCGUUGAAACAAUGUUAUUUAUUUACAUUGCUACUGCUGCUACUUUUUAUUGCUUUAGACGCUGCUGUCACUUCUUUUCCCCAAAGGACAAAUACUUUAUUCUUUUUUUGAAGCCAAAUAAGUAAAAUAAUGCAACGUGUUACCAAAUACAGAGAAAGUCUGAAGAGAGAGAAAGCAAGUGGGAGAGGGAGAAGAAGAGAAAGUGUGGGAGGUUGGAUUUAUAAAAAGUACUAACUAAAAUAUUAACAUCACCUCAAAUGUAGCUCUAUGUGUAAUGGAAGUAGUUCAUCCUUUAUUUCCUGACGUCACACUAAACUGUACAGUUUAUCAUUAGAGGGGAGGUCUGUCUGUCCAGAUGCUUUGUGUCCUGUCCCCCCGUCCCUCCAUCUGUCCACAGGUCGCCUGCAGGCUUGACAACAUGACAGUUCACACCAAAGGUGUCAAAACUCAACGUAAAUACAAAAGCGUGUAAUUGUUAUGACUAUUGUUAUUGACCUUAUAAUUGAUUACUCUCUGCUAUGAUAUAUAUAUGAAAUCUAUAGCUAGUGGGAGAGGGGGGGGGCGCUGUACUGUAGUAGUGCUGAGUGUGUGUUAUACUGUACAGGGGGAGACUGGUGCACUUAUUUAAAACAGAGGCCCAUCUCAUCUGAUGCUCACUUUAAAUCUAAAUGAUGAAAACUGAUCUAUCCAUACAGUACAUAUAAGCUAAUAUCAGCCAGGCCAAUUAUAGCGUUUUCUAUAUUAUCCAUGAUACUUUUUAAAUUUAGAAAAUCUCCCUCCAGUUCCAGAGAAGACAUACUACUACUGAUGAGUAAAGUAAAACUAAAUAUAUAUAAAACACAGUGUCCCUUUAAGUACAGCUGGAAGAGUGUAAAAAUGAUCCGUUGACCACAUUAUCUCCAGGUUAAGCCCUGACCCCGUUAAUAUAGGUAGUGCGAUUAAACACACUUACUGCGUUUUAAUCAAACCCUCUAGAACAGUGUUUCUCAAACUUUUUCAUACCAAGGACCACUUAACCAAUAAAAAAACACUCGCGGACCACCUAACUCCACAAAUAUCAAAAGACACAUUGUGUUUUUUGAACAGAUUACAAAUCGCCUGAAAAUGGUACAAACAAGUGGCAACAUGUGUGAUGAAGGUGUUGCGCUGGGCUUUAUCAUGCAAUAGAAAGUGAAACUUAACCUCGCGCCAUUGCGGAGAUAUUCCCGCGAGAGUGCGGAAAACUCAAAUGUAUUUAUUUAUUUCAAAUGUUACCGAUAUACUCACGGACCACUAGGGGGCGCUCACGGACCACCAGUGGUCCGCGGACCACAUUUUGAGAAGCACUGCUCUAGAAUGAUUGAUAUUUACUCUGGUUAGAUUGGGGAGAAUUUACCCUUUUUGCCCGAUACCACUGUAGAGGAUGGUGAUUGAGAGUUUCCGUGCAAUCAGGGCAGAAAGUCCUUCACAAUAUGGCUGCUGAUUAUGCUUAAUAAAAUUAGCUGAUCCAGUUGUUAAACAUCCUGCACCAUUAUUUUAAUUUGACAUAUCUCUAGAAAAACAACAUAUUUCAUGUUGUCUGUCCACAUUUUGUUGUUUUUACACGUGCCUAUGAAUGAAUAUAAAUGUAUGUUAUUCCCGUCACACACAUGUUUGCAGAUACCCCACCAGAUGCAGGACUGGUUAUUCUGGUGAUUAACCAUGAGUCAACUUCGUAAUACAAGUUAACCUGUGUUAACCCGAGAUGCACAUACUUUGCGAGCUAAUAUUUUUAAACGACCUGGAACUUAUCUAGCUUGCUAGCUUGUCUAAAACUCUAGAUCAUAAACUCUGUACGUGUGUCUGAACACGGAGCAGCACCCAGUCUCCUGCUGUGCUCUGUUAUUAAGCUGAUGUUUAUUUUGCUAAAACACACACACUCACUCUUCUGUUCUGUUUGUGUGCAUUUCCAUGCAAACACCAUCACAACACCUCUGUGAAACCAGUCAAGGCAGGUGUGCUCAGAAUGGCUGUCCGUGUGUGUCUGUGUGUGUGGAAACAUCUGUAACACACACACAUAAAAUGUAUAAAGUCAUCCCAUUCUCCACAGCAAUGCUGGCUCCUGCCAAUAGUGGCUUUAUGUGUAUUUUAGUUUGCCAGAGGUGUGUGUGUUUGUUGUGAAACCAUCUGUAAGUAAACCAAAUAUCAUUUUCACUAUGCAGUCAUUCAAAGCAUGUCAGCUUGCUCCCAUGGGGGGAGAAAUCCUCCUGUUCAUUCACAGAUUUACGAACAAACUGGAGUUAGCUACAGUGUGUUUUAGUUUUUGAGCCCCUCCCCCUCGCAGUGUGAUUUAAACAGCGCCUUCAGCUAAAGAGUAGAGGGAGAGCGAGAGAUGUGUUGUGAAUGAGCUGACAAAUAUUUAAGGAUUGUAUUUGGGUCGGGGAGGGACGCGGGGUUAGACUGGGGUUUGUAGUUUUGGGGGAGAUACAGAUCAAUGCUGUAAAGUAUAUCAAUUGCAUGUUAUUGUCUCCGUUGUAACUGCCAUUGUUUUUGUUUUCUUUCUACGACACCGGUGGGUUUGGGCGGGGAUGCACAAAACUUUAUCCUUAUUUAUAAUUUUUACGCAUAUUUCCGUAUGUUUGUGUUUAAAAUGUUGAAUUAUUGUGUAUUUAGAAAAAUACACACUUUUAGUUGUUUUCUUUGCCUUUUUAAAAAAAAAAAAAGAAAUGUUUGCAAUAUAUAUUUUUGUUUUCACUUUGGACCGUGGUGGAGCAGGAGCCGUGUCAUUAUUAGCAGAAAGUGUUUGUUAGAGAUCGUCCUGUUUCCCCUCACCCUGUGCCGUGUGUGUUUCUUUCAGUUAGCCGCGUGUGAGUUUUGUCUACCAAAAGUCUUUAUCGAUGGUGAUCAUUAUUAUUAGCUUUUAUUUUUUGUCCAUUGUUGUUUUUUAUUAUGAUUACUGUUUUUAUUAUUAUUAUUUUUGUUAUUAUUAUUCAGGGCAAAGAUGACACCAAAUUGAACAAAGAAAUAAAUGGGUGAUCCCAGACAGUGCAGAGCUUCCUUUACUGGCGAGGUGGAGCAAUGGCUCCUCACCGUUACGCUGUAGUGUCUGCCACCGUAUUGAAACCGCCACGUAAAGACAACCUCUGAGCUGAAAGUCUAAUAGUAUUUUUUUAUUAUUAUUAUGUAUUGUUUUCCUUUGUUUUAUUUCUUGUUACCCCAGUUUGGGUCAUAAAUGGUGUGCUGUUAUUUAAUUUCUUUAUUUUUCCCUCUCAUCCCUGCCCACUGCUUUUUGAUUUUUUGAUUCUAUUUCAUGAUUUUUUUUUAUUCAUUCUGGUUUGAUGCUGUAGUGUUGAGCUGAUUGGUCGAACACCAGAGCUUAUUUUUCCUUUCCUAAUGCUGAGACUCGUGACUGAUGUUGCACUUGUGAUGGGUUUUGUUUUGUUUUUGUUUUGCGUUGCAGAUUUGGGAUUGUUGUGCAGGAGAAUAUCGGGUGUUUUCCUUAUUUUCUUUAAGUCACAGCAGUUAUUUUAUCAAUCAUAGAUCUGUGACACAGCAAGAAAAUUAUUCAACAGUGUAUUUUUCUCACUGAUAUUUAUUUAUUGGUCAUUUGUAUGUUUUUUUUGGUUUGUUUUAUUUGUAUGUAUUGCUUUUUUGUGGAGGGCAAACAGGACUCAAUGUAGAGGAGUUUUACAUUGUGUACAAAAAGCUAAAUAUUGUAUUCAAGCAUCACACUAACGUACAGUCUAGAGUAACAGGUAAAGUAGAAACCUGCAGCACAGUGAGGUGCUUCUGUUUCUGUCUUGACUGUCAGACUUUGUUUACUGUUUACCCUCAGAAGGCACAAACAAACUGGUUUAAAGAAGCCACAGCAUGGUGUAUUUGAACUGUAGUGCUUUGCUAAUAACUCACAGUUAAAGCUUGUAUUGUUUGAAACGUUGAUGGUUUUUAAUCUGAAUGCCAGAUACAAAGCACACUAGAUUUGUGUUUUUAAGUUGAAGGUAUUCCAGCUGAUAAUAACUGCUAUGAUAGUGGACGGAUUGGCUUGUUAUUAACCUGCACUCCCUGCUUUGAAACAUCUUUGAGGUUUGAUGCUUGGUUUUCCUAAAUGCAGUCUAGAUAGCAUGAUGCUAGUUCGCAGGGCGGGGGGAGGAUUGACUUCAGUCUCCACUGUUGCAGUUCAAAGGCUCCUUUAUGUACGACACCGUGGAUUUAUUUACAGUUGUAUCAUCGAAACAGCUUUACUGCCCGUUUCUCGUUUUGUUUUCUGGCUGUAUUUGAUCCCCCCCUCCCCCCAGUCUCAUUUCAAACAGAAUAAAUGCCAUUAUAUUGUGAAUACCUCAGGAUUUUUUUGGAGAAAAAAAAACAAUAAAACACCUAAAAAUCAAAUAAAUAAAAACUCAUAAAAAUG